AUGGCCUGUACGCCAUCAUGGGACAGUUUUACAUCAUCCAACAGCAGUCCCUACUCUGUAUGCGAUUACGCGAAAAACUUGCAAACUUACAGGAGAACUUUUGAGCGCUACCACAGAAUUAGGAUAAUUUUAGAUUUUAAAAAGGCAGCCAUCCGAGCAGCUAGGGAAUCAUUUUCGGACGCCGCGUCAAAGGAUGCGCUUUUCACCUUCCACAAGCUUGGAAUCGGAUGUAAGUUGCGGAAACUGUUGUCUAGGCGCACAAACCCACUGUUUGAAGAAUCACUGGAGUGCCUUAGGCAGCUGUACACCUGGCGCUAG